CAUGUUGAAAGGCUACAGGUCCAAAAGGGGAAAGAACUCCCAGAAAAAAAAAACAACUGAUUUGUUUCCUCCAGCUGUCCACCAGCGCUGCAAUGAAGGAAUUUACGGGUUUGUCCUGAAGACUUGCAGAUCACAGAAUGGGGUGUUGGCUGACUAUGUUCUGCGUCGACUGAAAAUUAGCGGACACCGGAUCUUUUGAUUCUCACCUGCAGCUGCAUCAUCUUUUCGUAAAAGGAGGACGAAGAAAUACUUUAACUUUAAAAGAAAUAUCUAUCUGGACUAAAAAAUGGAUAAUACCCCGUCUAAUUCAGAAAAAUCCCACCUGAUAGACGAGAAGAGUGCGAAGAUGUAUUCCCUAAAAUCGCAAAGUUCCCUUGCAGACUCCAAAGAGCACUACCAAGACUUCCCUGUAAAGAACGGGGGAAUGUCUGGUGCUAUCGAGCUGAAGCGGCAUGUCGGUGCACACUGCCACGGACCCAAAGCUUUGGUUGGCGAGGAGAGCGGUGACAAGCUGCUGGCCAAGAAGAAACUUUACAUUGCUUCUGCAGUCUGUCUUGUCUUUAUGAUUGGCGAGAUCAUAGGGGGCUAUCUGGCCCACAGUCUGGCCAUCAUGACCGAUGCUGCCCACCUCCUGACCGACUUUGGGAGUAUGAUGGUGAGCUUGUUCUCCCUGUGGAUCUCUUCCAGAACGCCCACCAAAACCAUGAACUUUGGUUGGCACAGAUCAGAAAUCCUCGGAGCGUUCAUCUCCGUCAUAUCCAUCUGGAUCGUUACAGGAGCUCUCGUCUAUUUAGCCAUUGAAAGGAUCGUAGGCAACGACUAUGAGAUCGAGGGUCAUGUAAUGUUAGUCACUUCUGGAUUCGCCGUCAUUGUAAAUAUUAUUAUGGCCUACGUCCUUCACCACUCCACCACCCUUCAUCCUCAUGGCAGGGGUUAUCAGCAGAUUGACGAGGACGGUCAGAGCCCCGUCAGCCACGGUCACUCCCACACGCUCCUCGGUAGCCAUGACAACACAAGUGUCCGUGCCGCAUUCAUCCACGUACUUGGUGACCUGCUGCAGAGCGUCGGCGUCAUGGUGGCGGCGAUCAUCAUCUACUUUCGGCCUGAAUACAAAGUUGCGGAUCCUAUCUGUACAUUCCUGUUUUCUAUCUUUGUCCUUUUCACCACCCUCACCAUCCUCCAAGAUGUCUUCAGGAUACUAAUGGAAGGAUCUCCUAAAGGAAUCGAGUUUAACUCUGUGAAGGAGGUGCUGCUGUCUGUGAAAGCUGUGAAGUCUGUGCACUCUUUGCACCUGUGGGCCCUGACUCUGGGACAGUCGCUGGUUUCGGUUCAUCUGGCAAUAGAGGAGGGUGCUGAACCUCAGUCGGUGCUUCAGGAGGCAAGAGAGCUGCUCUGCAACAAGUUUGGUUUCCAGAACAUCACCAUCCAGGUCGAGCUUUACUCUGAAGAGAUGAGUCACUGCUCCCACUGCCAGGACCCCAGGGACUGACAUCUAUACUGGAUAACUGGACCCCUUGGACUUGGAACGGCUCGGACACACUCACAACAUUUUCUCCAGGCUGAGCCCAACUGCUGAUAGCCGUGCCACAUUCAUUAUGCAGGUUCCUGGUGAAGGAGUGGAACUGGAUUUUGGUAGAUCAGUGAAAAAUUAGACAGCAAAAUCAUCCAUGUGUUUGUCAAAGCAUGCAGAUGGUGGGCUCCGUGCUAACAAUGGUGGUCCAUCUUAAAGUCUAUAAUUUUACAAAGGGUGUGAUGUAUUUGCUUUUCACUAAAUUAAGAAACGACAAAACAAAACUAAAAGUAAAGCAAAGAAAUUAUACUUGCUUAAAAAUAUCCCCUAAGAAAGAGUAUUAUUGGCAACAUGGUGAAUAAUAUAUGCAUUUAUUUCAUGGUGCAAACUAUCACCUUUUGCUGAAUCUAGCAAAGUUUUUAGUGCAUAAAAGAAAACAGGUUUCAGUGUAAACUGAGAAUAAGAACGUAUUUUAUCAAACAUAAACAUAUAAACUAAUGUAGUUCUUAUUCUUUUCCACUGCCACUUGUCACCUUUCUCAAGUUAAUGGAAAACACUGCCUGGUACUAGUAUUUAUACACCAAAGGUUUAUGGAUUGGAUUUACUAAUUUCCAAACUUUGAUAUUAUAUUAUCACUUCCUACCUUUCCUUUAAAUCGUUGUACUAAGCUUUUAUGUUCCAGAAAUAUAAAGCACAGGAGAUAAGUGGAUACCCCAACAGUGAACCUGGUUGAUAGGCGACCAGUUCAUCUGCUUAAUCUUUAGUAAAACCUUCUCUCAAGUUUUGGAGAUCACUGUGGAAAAUGUAGGUAGACACUGUAAUGGUGUUUUUUUUUUCCAAUUGUGUUCCAGUACUGGACCAAGACUGAUUUGAUCUGGCUCAAUAAAACAUAUAUCGCGCUCUGCCACUGGUCUGGCGCUUUGAAGACCAGUGCAAUGAACAAGACAGUGUCAUUCACUGGCCCCUUGCACUUGUUAAUGAGAAUGAGUUGAGCCUCCAUCUGAAGUAGGGGUGCAAGCUGGUGAGAAGCACGCACACCUCCAAAUUGCGCAUUGGCUGUACUGGUUAGCAGGUGAUUACAGGAAGUUGUUUGUUUUUAAAAUUGCAAUCUGGGUACCUUUUAAAAAAUGCUUGCCAUCAUUUUAGUGAUAAUGAUGGAAAAAGAGAAAAGGAGUUAGUAGCAGUUUGAUUAUAAGAUUUUUAAAUUGUCACAAUGCAGACCAUAAAGACCAAAUUCAGGCUUUAGAGCCUUGGUGCAUUGAGUCAACCAUGAGCCAACUGCCAACUCCUGGUGAAGGUGGUUCUUUCCCCCGUCUCACAGACUUGGUGCCAAGAUAGAACCAGUUUUACGCUGGUAGAGACGUUGCUUUUAUCUACACAAACUGAAGCAUCUGGUGCUAACCAAGCACCAACACCAGUUAAGCACUGGAAUCAUUUUGGUAGAAGAAUCUGUCACUCCUUUAGACUAUACUGUUAUUUUAGUAUCUACCAUUCAUAUAGUUGUUUGUUCAAACAGAAGCCAUAUGAAGUGCAAAUCAUGCCAAAAGAGCUUUCUAAAGAUUUUUUUUUUUUAACACAGAUCAUAGAGUGAAAGAAAAAUAAGAAAUAAAACUUAAUGGCAAAAUAAACUCAAGGUUUCACAUACAUCUAAUUCUGUUAGAUAAAAAGUAGAUAACAGAUAUGUUUCACAAACUGGACUUAAGAGCAUCCAGACAAACAAACCUAACACAUUGCAGUUACAGUAUAGCAUGGAGAUCCUGUUUACAGAUUUAUACAUGGAUGAAUUUGAUGUUCAAACACCAACAUUUUCCACCAGGGCAUCUACCAAACUCCAAUCUCAACAGUAUGUGAUCAUGUCUGGUUUUGCCUGCUUUCAAC